GCGGUCACCGGACGAUGAGUGCAGCAGCAGCAGCAGCAGUCUGCAGAAGCACAAAAGACGGUGAAGGAGACACCACAGAAGAAAAAAAAAACGGUGUCAAGUGAUACACAUUCUUCUGCUCGGACGGGGAGGAGGAACCUAUUUGGUUUUUUUUUUGGUUCGUUUAGUGUGAUUUAUUUUCGGUCAAGGUCUCCGGAUUCGACGGAACACAAAAGUGCAUUCGGAAACAGGAAACUAUGGCUCUGUUGUCGUGUCGUAUCGUGCUUAAUUAAUCAUCACAACGCAGUUGGAGGGAGUGAGUGAGUGUGAGUGUUUUGGGUGUAUUUUUAAAGUGCCUUGCUGGUAGUUCGUGGUGGUUCUGGGUUCCAGAACGUCCAGUGUCCCCUCGCUCCCAGCACACACUCCUGGGGUUAAUCGUGUUAAUACAGUUGGUUUAGGCUUCUCGCACGGGGCUACACGGGUUUGCUUUGUGAGUUUGUUUCGUGUUUGGGAAGACAGAGGGAACGGAGCAAAAGCUGAAAAAAUACAGAAAGCAAUAAGCUGCGGGAAUCGACGAAGGAAGAGGGUGGAAGAACCGGAGUGGUAACAAAACAAAACUCCGCUGCGCGACGAAGCACCGUGGAACGGAGGAACUUCGAAAAGUGUAUGUGUGCACGAGAAAAUUACUGUGGGAACCUCGGAACCGCUUGAACGAAGACCGACUGGCUGGCUGGUCCAAUGAACCAGCUAACUGGAUAGUCGACUGGCUUAGCCCGCUUAGUACAAGCACGGAGCUCCACAGAGUGCUCCAAAGUGUGCGGGAUUACGGGGUGCAACGACUGUGGAAUGUGCGAGCGAGCAAUUCAGCGCCAGAGUUUCGCUUAGUAAUCAAAACACGACUCUGCAGAAGUGACAUCAGACAGCGGACACCUGAGCUAGCUCGCUCGUGCAGUAUACUACCGAGUAGAAAUCGGCGAAGGUAUUUCACGCACCACACCAGUUAUGCCGAUAAGGCGACGCAGCUGGAGGAAGCUACUACCGAGGGUAUCAGAGACGGCGCUGGCGGUGGCCAACAUAGCAAAUUGAAUAACACUCCUCUGCCUGCGGAGCCACCGCAUUCGUCAUGGAGAAAAGCUUCGACGAAAUAACAGUCUCCAGCCUGUCGGAUCUUCAGCUGGGAAGUUCGUCCGAGUACCCGAGUCAUCUCGCGCCCGGUUCCUCCGGUGGCGGUGACCAGCAACAGGUUCAACAGCGCAACAGCGGCAGCGGAGCCAGCAACGGAAACGAGAACAACUUAAAUCGACAGAAAAGGUCAUCCAAGCAGCAGCAGCAGCAGCAGCAGCAACAACAACAGUCAGUAUUUAACCCGUCCCGGCAUUUGGAUGUUUGGCUGGCCAACGCCAUUCGGGGGCUCGAGAACGCCAACUCCGGAGGUCAGGACGGCGCAGGGUCGGAUCUGCUGGACAGUCCCACGCUGCUGAAGGGUAGCUUCGGGGAGCCGCUGUCGUUGCCGCCGAAUUUGGGCUACCUUGACGCGCCAAAUUCCUCGGCUUCGACGACGACGGGUCUUUUUUCGCCAACCCAGCAGCAACUCAGCCUACAGCAGCUUCAGCAACAACUUCAGCAAAGUCAGCAGUUUUUGCCGAAUCCGUAUCUGCAUCGGUACGCGGGUAGCUUUCCGUCCAGCGAGGGGAUCGAGUUUGCCAGCUUGCCACCCCGGAUCAGUCACAACAGCGGCAGCAACAGUCAGUACCAGCAACAGCAGUAUCAGCAGGGUAGGAGGGCGAUGGCGGGUCAGGGAGUGGCCACGCACCAGAGCAACUCGUCGUUCCAGGAUUUGCUGAACGCGCAGCGAAUCAUGACCGACCCCUACAUCAACGACUCAUCGGACAACGAGUCCAAAAACGGCGGUUCCUGCACCACCAAAUCCAAGCUCGAGUCGGCGGAAGCCCUGCUGGCGGAUCUGAACCUGCUGAACAGUGCAUCCACCGCCAACGCGACCAACUCGGUCAACAAUGGCCCCACCGGGACCACAAACGGGACCAACGGGUUAAACGGAACGUCCACGGGCAACAAUAGCACCAGCACCAACACCAACAACAGCAAUGGCAAUGCCAACAACAACAACUUGGUGUUGGUACUGCUCAAAGAGAUUAGCAAAUUGCACGAAACCAACAAAAAAAUCUGUCGGAAUUUGCAUGAAACCAAAGUGGAGAUGGAAGCUUUGAAGCAUGCUCCGCACUGGGGCCUUAGCCACCGUAGAGACAGCAUUAGCGGUCUGAGCACCAAUAGUCAGCCAAUCGUAGGCCACGUGCGUUACAACAGCGGCAACAGCUUCGGCGGCGGCGGCGGCGGCCUGCAAAGUCCCGCGCCGACCUAUCACUCGCAAGGAAACUACACGCCCGGCAUUGUCUCCGAUGUAGUCCGCGAAAUCCGCGAAGUGUCCCGCGUGCGGGAGGAAGCCCUGAUGGACCGCAUGAAGACCCUGAUCGAGGAACGCUCCUGGGCCGUCAACGAGACCAACUUCCGGCUGCUGAAGGAAACGGAAGAGAUGAAAAAGUCCAUCCACUCGGUGCGCUCCGAGAUGCACCAGGUCAUGGACCGGAUGCUGAAGCUCGAGAAUGAAGUCAUUACGCUUAAGGGCCAGCUUGCCCACUACCAGCAGCGCGAACAGGUUCAGGCCUUUGCCCUGAGGGAGCGGGACUCCUACCAGGGUCAGGGUCUGGGACUUGCUCCCUCCUCUGCGGGUUCGGCCAAGUUCCGGCGGAACAGUAUGCACCUCAACUACGGCCGCAUCAACAGUACGGACGAGUUUUAUGGGAAUAACAACUUCAACGACGUAAGCAAUGAACUGCGGUUCAGCAACGGAAGCAAUAGCGCGGUGGCGUCGACGGCCGGGCCAACGACACGCGCCAGCAACAGCAACAACAACAAGUUUGGUGAGAAUAAUUUUGCGACCUCCUCGGUGGUAAAUGGUGGCGGUUUUGGUGGACAAGAGGACAUGAACGUAAUGCAUGACGACGGCUCCAACUCGAGCGAAGCAAACCAUCAGGUGUUGUUGCUGGAGAAGGACGCCCUGAAGCUGAGGCGCGAGCUGCAGGACGCGCUCGCCUCGAAGCAGGAGUCGGAAAGCCGGAUCUCAGCUUUGGAAAGUAUUGUAAGCACUCUCAAAGAGCAGGUUCCUCCAGCGGCGUUAACGACGACAUCAACGGUUCAGCAACACCCUCACCAUCACCAUUCGCAACUCCUGUUGACUACCAACCCGGCUGGACUGGGCGGCACAACUAGCUCCAGCUCGAGCAACUUCUUCCGGGCGCUCAACAGUGGUUCUCCGCAGCAGCAGCAGCAGCAGCCGCCGGUGUCCGUUUCGCCAAAGCUGCAGAAGGCCGCCCAGGUGCAGAGUCUGGCGUCGCCGUCCACACAGCAAGAACGUCACCAGCAGCAGUUUCAGCAGAGGUUCCUCGAACAUGGCACGAUGCCCGGUGGGGUCAUGAACGUGUCUGGGCCGGUGACGGAUUUGUAAGAUGGUGCAGGGGGGUUUCUUCGUAGGUACAUUUACGCGUGAUUGUGCGUAAAAUUGCUUUAUUUUACUUUUUGACGACAUUAACUCGGUAGUCACUAUUCUUAGCGAUAUUCUUAUGCAUUUAAAUAAAUGUGACGAUAAUGCUGGUUUUACCGUAAAACGGGGUGACAUUUGCAGGAUUUCAAUUAAUUUUCGUUAACUCUUGUUUCAAGAUUAAAACAUUUAAGUUUUUUCAACAACGCUUAUAAUUUAAUAUAUUUUGAAACUCGGGCAGAAUUUGAUAUUCGCUGUGAUCCUUUAAAAUAUUCGAUUGAAACGUUAUAAAAAACACCGCGGCGUCAUUCACUUGACUGUUUACCUAUUCUCGUCGAAGGAUUACGAAAACUGAGCGCCGCUGCAUUUUGCUAGUUUAAUUCUAAAUGUUUGUUUCAAAUAACAGGAACUGGCAGUCAAAAAAGUGCGCCGAAAAAAAAUGGCAGAUAAUAGAAAUUGCGUGGACAACGGGGCAUUCUCUUCAGACGAAAAUAGACUUUAAAAAUAUUUCUGUAAUGUUCUUUUAAAAAAAAAUAGGAACAACUUUUGGUGAAAGUCAAAUUAAACAGAAAUUUUCACAAAAGCUGCUCUACUGGUUGGUGUACUUGGUUUUAGUGAAUUCCAAGGAACACCCCGGAUUAUCAAAAUGAUAAAAACGCGGCGUCAAUCAAGUUCACGAUGGCCUUAGAGUUCGGAGUAGUUAUUCUCUAGAACCUAAUGACCUUAAAGGCUGAUCUUUUCUUGUAGCUAAGAUAUUCGAGCUUCACCCAAGCAUCUUGAAAUUUAGUACCGGAGUUCUCGGAUUUUAUUUCGAGCAGUGGAGAAUCCUUCUAGGCACUUCAUUAAGAAGGCAUAUUCGACUGAAUCUUCCGUUAUAUUGGCGAUUCGCUUCUCGAAUCGGUCUUUAAACGCCAACAUGUUGGCAGCUUAAGUCUGACAAACAUCCAUUUUGGUUUUCCACUUGAAUCAGUCUUUGUUUGGAACAAUGCAAAUUGAACUUGGUGAAACCAAGUUUGGUAAAAUCUCGUCUUUCAACAUGUCGUCGAUUUGUUUUUAGACUUCUAGUUUAUGGAUUUUCUCUUCUCAGUUAAUUAAAAGUCUGGUGUUACUUUUUUCAGAAUUCUGAUUAAUUUCAUGUAACAUUUUUAAAAGCAAUUAUCUUAUUUGGUUUAAUCCAUUGAAAUAUUGUAGUGUUACCGUGAUUUGUGACGAUUGCAUUAAUGUACCCAUUCUUGGCUUUAUAUAUACCGCUGGGAAUAAUAAUUUCAUUUAUUUUUAUGUUGUUUUGGUAAUACUAAAUCUCCCUUCUUUUUUGUUACUGGAAUUUUAAUAAAUGUAAUGCUUGGUCGCGAUAAACACCGCUUGAAGGAAAAUUAAACAAAUCGAACGCUUGUCCCGCUCCCGCUGGGACUAGAGAAAAACGAAUUAAAACACUUAACGUACUUGACUCACGGUGGAAGAUAUUAACUACACAAACACUGAGUCCCGCUCCCGUUGGGACUUGUGAUAUUUUUGAACACAGAUGUACGCACGGUUUGGUGUCUGACCAGGAAGUAAUUUUAUUAUUCAAAAUCAAUUAUGUUCCGAGUUACAAAGUUCGAAGAUUAUGUUAUAAUUUGCUUACACUGAAAAAAAAAUAAAUGUACCAAAUUCCUAAAUUCUAGGAAUUUUGGCUCUUUUCCUAAUUAAGUAAUCCAAAAAACCCGAAAAGGAAAAGAGGCAAAA